AUGCAACACGCAGGUCGACAUACCAACGGCGAAAAUGUUAGUCCAGCCUUUUCCCUCGAAACACCUCCCAUGGGCGAACUUGACUGGGAUGAGCGACCAUCUAAUGUACAUGCAAAUCGCUUGAAUGAUGGCAUGGCUAGCUUGGCUGAUCGCAAUGGCUACAUGGGCAUAGCUUCUGGCUCAGCACUCCUGAGAAUGGCUGGUGAUGGCUAUGGAGAUGAACUUGUGAAUGGACAGGGACAUGCCUCAGCUCAAAUUUCUCCUCCGAUACUACCGGCGUUGUACUCACUAGCUCAGCUUGAGCCAUUCAUUGACUCGUACUUCGCCACGUACCACAUAUCGUAUCCGAUAGUUCACGAGCCCACGUUCCGAGCACAAUUCAUGGAUAUCAUACCGCGACCAAACGGUCGGUCAUGGCACGUCCUCAUGUAUAUCAUCGCUGCGAUUGGUUGCUUCGCAGCUGAAAGCAGUGGUCCUCCUCAGGCCGACAUCGGACUCUUCGAUGCUGCUAAGAGUCGGAUGAGCGUCGACAUGAUUGAGACUGGAAACAUCACGUUAGUUCAGGCUAUGACUCUAAUAUCGAAUUAUGUACAGAAAAGAAACCGGCCCAAUUCCGGCUACAACUACAUGGGCUUGGCGAAAAGGAUGGCAUGGGGCUUAGCAUUGCAUAAAGAAUUUCCUGCUUGGAGAGAUCAACCAUUCAGGCUCGAGCUCCGACGUAGAGUCUGGUGGUCCCUAUACAUAUUUGACGUCGGUGCGAUCAUUACUUUCAGUCGCCCUCUCGAUAUGCCGGCUGAUGGGAUCGAGGUUGGUCUGCCGCUAAAUAUUGCCGAUAGUGCAAUUACUUCUUCAACCAGGCGUGCGCCCGAGGGGAGCGCUUAUACUACGUUGUACACUCACGUACGAUGUCAAUCACUCUUCCAUCUGGCCACUAACAAUAUAUAUCAGCGUCUCAUCUCGGUGAUACCCUCAGCAGAAGAGAUGCUCGAGCUCGAUGCGAUACACCUACAGCAAUGGCUACAGAGUCUGCCCGUCUACUUCGCUGAGAGCAGUGUGCAGCCUGUCAAGUUUCGUCUGUGUCAUGCUAUCUUGCAAUGGCGAUGGAGGAACUUCAGACUUUUAAUGUUCAGACCAUAUCUUAUGCGAAGAUUUAUGAAGCACCAACAAUCCAAUACUUCCACCUCCAGCGCAACCGGAUCAAGUCCUGCUGAAGAUGCUGCAAUCCGCACCUGUCUUGCUACCGCCCAUGAGUCGAUUCGGAUGAUUUCUAAGUAUUGGAUGGAGGAGCACCAGAACGUAUUGACUUGUUGGUACGCGCUAUAUUUCCUUUUUCAGGCAGUUCUGUUACCAGUCAUCUCUCUUCGCAACGACUCCUAUUCAGAGCUAGCCCCGGGCUGGCGUGACGAUAUACUGCUCGCGCUUGACACAAUAUCCGACCUCAAUCGUCUUAAUCCUGCCGCAGCUCGUUGUCGUUCGGUCAUAACAAAGCUGUGUGGGGCCUACCUUGCAAUGGACAUCUCUCUAUGGGAGUCGCCGACUAAUGAGAGCCCCCAAACACAAAUGAACACUCUGUUUUCGUUCUUAUGCGGGCCCAUUACAGACUCCCAGCUGUUCGAUGUGCAGAAUUUACAGCUGCAGGAGUCGAGCUUCAUGGACUUCAUGGGCGAGUUAGGAGCUCCUUGA